AUGGGGUCCGGAAAGUCUAAGGUCAAAGUCAAAGACAGGCCUGCUACACCGGACUAUAAAAAGGUUCCGUCCAUCCUGAACGAGUAUCCUCCUCCUAGUGUUCCAACCUCACACCGGAGGGAUGUCGUCAAACCCGAACGUCUCAAGAAAGUUUCCAGGGCAGCGUUAAUGGUACCAGUAGACUCGAUGGCAGAGAGUUAUGACGAGUUCCUGAGACAGCUGACUCGGGCGGCACAGGAUGACGUAGAGAAGGUUUGGUCUAUCUACAUCUGGCUUGGGAGUAUGACGUCAGAGCUUGUCUCAAGUCAAGGGUCCUCAAACACACCCAUGGGAUACCUCAGAAUGGUCAAUGACAGAAAAGGGGACAUAACAACAUUCUUCACUCUUCUUUGUCGCCAUUGCGGUAUACCGUGUGUGAUGAUUCAAGGAGUGACUCGAGCAGAAGCAGUCGGGCAGAUAGAUGCGAACAUUACAGACGAUAUGAAAGAUAAAUGGGCUGCUGUGUUUCUGCAGGGCAGCUGGAGGUUUAUUCAUGUUACCAGAGCCAGGGAUCCGAGUGUUAAGGUGAAAAACCACUUCUUUUUAACGGAACCGGAUGAAUUCAUCUUUACGUGUUUACCAGAUCUUCCCGAAUGGCAACUACUCCCAAAAUCAUUAACCGCCACCGAGUUUCUCAAUCAACCGUUUUGUUCUCCGGAAAUGCUCAGCAAUGGUAUUCGUAUUGUGAACCCCAAAACGGGCCGAAUUCGUAGUAAAUCUGGUAAAGUAUUAAUAGAAAUCUCCUCCCCACGACAGAUAGGACAGAAUCUAGCAGUGAGUUUUUUCUUAAGAGGGCUAAGGGUGAUAGAAGCCGAGUCAUGUGAUGAAGGGUUUGCAGGAGUCAAAAGCAACAACGACCACGAUGAUUGUAACGACGAUGACGAGCUAGGCGUCAGUCCAUCGCUUGCAACACAGUUUCCACCGUUGUUAGAACGAUAUGUUUAUCAGACUACUAAGAACAACCAUGUGUUUUUUGAUAUCGUCCUUCCAGUUCCGGGUAUCUACCAAUUUGAUGUUCAUGGGGACCUGCUGGACAAUGUGGACGACUUUGCUGACAUGCCUGUGAUGUGUCAGUUUAAGCUGAUAUCUGGGAAUGCUCCGUUUCCGGGACAGCUCGACCCCCUCCCACUCGCUCCUUCACUUGGUUGGGGACCAACGCCAUACCUUUCAAAGCUUGGUAUGAAAACAGUUAGUCAUAAGGGAGGCCAUAUCUAUGUCAUCCCAGAGGAUGUUGUUACCGUCAAGUUCGAAACAAUGGACGACUAUCACUUCAAAGUGGAACUCCAUCAUGAUCUUGUUACCAGGGACCAUUUGGAGGAUCACGUGAGCCACCAAACUGAAAAUGGCAUUCUUUAUGUAAGUUUGUCUGUUCCCGAGGAAGGACAAUAUGCCCUACUUGUAUUUGCCAAAAGAGACGAAGGUUCCCUGGAGGAUUAUGAGAAUGUGUGUAAUUACCUGGUUAUCUGUAGCAGACAGGCAUCCACCGAGACUGAGAGAUAUCCGAAACGAGUGUUGAGGGAGCGACUGGAGCAGCAGACAGAAUCAGGAACAUAUGACGGACUUUGGGCCGCACUGGAAGCUUUCCUGCUUCACAAUGUUGAAGACAGGGGUGAAGUUGACAGAGCUAACCAGAAACUUCACUAUUUCAAACUCAAGAAAGGCCUAUUGGACACGUUGAAAAGACGAAACCUGUUCGUCCUUAAAGAAAGCAUAUGGCAGGCCAGAAAUUCUAAAUUCGAGUCGGAACUACAACCAGAAAUACAGCGGGCAGAAGAUUAUCUUUGUCGACUUCAAAGGCUUGCCGGAUACCUUCAUCCUAUUGAAAAGCUUGAAUCAAAGGUUAUCUCCGAGAUUCGGAGUUACAGGAGCCCGAAACCUGUCAUACAGGAUGUCCUCAUAGCGGUCUACUUGAUGUUUGGGGAACCGAGAGAGUAUUUACAGGAGUGGGGAUACAUCCAAGUCCUAAUGGCCCAAAGUGGCAAGGACAGUCUGCAGAAGAAAAUAGCAAGCUUAGACCCAGAUGACGUCACCAUGGAGAGUGUGAAAGACGCAGAGAAUGUCCUUAAACCCUAUGAUCUCCGUGCUGUAAGAGAGGCUAGCCCAGGUACCGCGGCUCUGUACGUCUGGGGGUACAAAAUAUUUGUAAGGAGAAAAGGGAACCUACCCCACGGGAAUCAACCACAAAAGACAGCACUAACACCAGAAAGAGUCUUGAUACAUUCCGUAAAGCUGUGA